AUGACAGCCUCCGUGCUCCUCCACCCCCGCUGGAUCGAGCCCACCGUCAUGUUCCUCUACGACAACGGCGGCGGCCUGGUGGCCGACGAGCUCAACAAGAACAUGGAAGGGGCGGCGGCGGCGGCGGCGGCAGCGGCGGCGGCGGCGGCGGCGGGAGCUGGGGGCGGGGGCUUCCCCCACCCGGCUGCGGCGGCCGCGGGGGGCAACUUCUCGGUAGCCGCAGCAGCAGCCGCCGCCGCUGCCGCCGCGGCCAACCAGUGCCGCAACCUGAUGGCGCAUCCCGCACCCCUGGCGCCAGGCGCCGCGGCCGCCUACAGCAGCGCGCCGGGGGAAGCGCCCCCGUCCGCCGCCGCCGCCGCUGCUGCUGCCGCUGCCGCCGCCGCCGCUGCAGCCGCCGCGUCGUCGUCGGGAGGGCCCGGGCCUGCGGGACCAGCGGGUGCCGAGGCCGCUAAGCAAUGCAGUCCCUGCUCGGCGGCGGCACAAAGCUCGUCGGGGCCCGCGGCUCUGCCCUACGGCUACUUCGGCAGCGGCUACUACCCGUGCGCCCGCAUGGGCCCGCACCCCAACGCCAUCAAAUCGUGCGCUCAGCCGGCCUCGGCCGCCGCCGCCUUCGCCGACAAGUACAUGGACACCGCGGGCCCGGCGGCCGAGGAGUUCAGCUCCCGCGCCAAAGAGUUUGCCUUCUACCACCAGGGCUACGCACCCGGGCCUUAUCACCACCACCAGCCGGUGCCCGGCUACCUGGAUAUGCCGGUGGUCCCGGGGCUCGGGGGCCCUGGCGAGUCGCGCCACGAGCCCCUGGGGCUUCCCAUGGAAAGCUACCAGCCCUGGGCGCUGCCCAACGGCUGGAACGGCCAAAUGUACUGCCCCAAAGAACAGACGCAGCCUCCCCACCUCUGGAAGUCCACUCUACCCGACGUCGUCUCCCAUCCCUCAGAUGCCGGCUCCUACAGGAGGGGAAGGAAGAAGCGGGUGCCUUACACUAAGGUGCAGUUGAAAGAACUCGAACGGGAAUACGCUACCAACAAAUUCAUUACGAAGGACAAACGGAGGAGGAUAUCAGCCACGACGAACCUUUCUGAGAGGCAGGUCACAAUCUGGUUCCAGAACAGGAGGGUCAAAGAGAAAAAAGUCAUCAAUAAGCUGAAGACCACUAGUUAA